AUGUACUCUUCCCAAAAUUCGGGCUGGCAGGCUUUCAUGGCCAAGAGAAAGGUCCUGGUGUCCUGUGUUCUUGGCCUCUUCUUUCUCGCCAUUGGGGCGGAUAUCCGGGCUGAGCUCGGAGCUGGACAUUCGCAGAAGAAGAUCCUGAAGCGUGGCACCGACACUACCAUUUGGCAGCCGGCCGCUGGUGUCAAAUGGCAGAUUCAGCUGAUCGAUGCAGUCGAGGACACCACCGCCGACGCUGACAUCUGGGACAUCGACCUGUUCGACAACACCGCAGCCACGAUCUCCACCCUCCAAUCCAAGGGCCGCAAGGUCAUAUGCUACUUCUCCGCUGGUACAUACGAAGACUGGCGGUCCGAUAUCAGCAAGUUCGACUCCGCAGAUUUCGGCAGUAACCUCGAUGACUGGCCGGGCGAGAAGUGGCUCAACAUCAAGUCCACCAGCGUUCGAUCGAUCAUGACUUCUCGCUUGGACAUGGCAAAGGAGAAGGGCUGUGAUGGCGUGGACCCGGACAACAUCGAUGCAUAUGGCAAUGAGAACGGUCUUGGCUUGACUGAGGCGGACUCGAUUGACUUCUUGACUUUCCUUGCUACUGAGGCUCACUCUCGUGGCAUGGCUAUCGGUCUCAAGAACGGUGGUGAUAUCAUCGGCUCUGUUAUUGACAAGAUGCAAUGGUCUGUCAAUGAGCAGUGCGCUGAGUAUAACGAGUGUGAUGUUUAUGCUGCCUUUACCGAGGUCAACAAGCCGGUUUUCCACAUUGAGUACUCCGAUGAGACUAUUGAGAACGGUAGCAGCGCUUCGACUGAUACCACCACGGAUACCACCACGGACACUAGCGAGGAUGUUGCUACCACAACCACUGCUAGUGCCACUACUAGUGGCGCUGUAUCCCCCUCGGUUUCUUCCUCCACUUCCGCCUCCGUCUCUGCCGUCGCUACUAGCACCAGCGCUACCGGAACUCCUUCGGCCGCUGCCACGACCACUACAACUGAUGCCGAUUCCACCCCGGAUACUACGACUGACACGACCGAUGACGAGAAUGACGAGACUGACGCUGAAGACGGUGAUUCCGAAGACGACGACUCCGAGGACGAUGAAGACACCGAAGAUGACACUGAGACUGAAAGUAACGACACCUACAUUCGCAAGCACAAGCAAAGACAUAACAAGAUCGAGAGCAGAGCCACUCUCUCUGCCUCACUGAAGUCAACUGCCUGCAACGCCAAAAGCGCCGACAAAUUCUCCACUGUCAUCAAGAACAUGAACCUGGACGCUUGGGUUGAAUAUUGCUAG